GAGACAGAUGCUGAGAGGCUCCAUCUGGACCUAGUCUGUGUGGGAGUCCCAGGGACCCUCGAAUCUGAGCCGCAGGCGACAGCAGAGCUCCCUCCAGGAAUGUCCAGGCGCUAGCCUUUCCCACAGUCCCCUCUCGUCCUGGGACAGUCCUCUGAACCCUGGGAAUAAGCCCUCAGAUCUCCUCUGUUCUUCCUGGACCUCCAAUCCUUAUUUUUCCUUCUCUCCCCUUAGUUCCUUCUCUGACUUCCCAAGGAUACUCUUCCCAUUUUCUAAAUCCCACAGGCUUGGCCACAACCUGCUCCCUCAACCCAGGCAGAUAUCUUCUUUUUUCUGUACCCCAGUCAUAGUCAUUUCUGUUCCCUUCCCCCUAGGGUAGGGCUCUAUCCUACCCUUCAUCCAGAGGCUAAGGAGACUCCCUUGCAAAAAAUUAAACAUGGUUCCCCUGCAUUCCCCAGCUCCUUCCCCCUUUCCCAAGACCCGUUCUUUCCGUUCCCUCCGUUCCAUCUCCUCAAGGCUAGCCUCAAAGCAUCAGGCAAAACAUAUACAGAGUCAUCCACAUUUCAGUCACUCUGGAGUGAAGCCUCCUGUUCACGUGCAGAUUUCUGAGCUGCACAGGAAGAUCCAGUUGUUGGAGGGCGAACGUAAGUGCUUCUAUGAGAGCACUCAGUGGACCAUCAAAAAGAACAAGGAAACUAUUAAACGUCUUCGAGAGGAGAACAAGAUAUCGUACCAGAAGCUGUCAGACUUGUUCAGUGGUGAUGAGAAAGUGCUGCAUUGGGUCAUCAGAGAGUGGAAGGAGGAAAAGCCUUAUCUGAAAAACAAGAAUGGGGAGGAAGCCCUGGCCCUUAUGGAUCACCGGCUGAAUGAGAAGAUGAAACAAUUAAAUGCCCUUCGACAUGAAGCAGAACAAAGACGGCAGCGAAUAGAAGAGCUCCAGUUGCAGUAUUCACUUCGAGAGCUAGAGACAAAUGAAUUUCAAGACACUGAUACUGAGGUGGCAAAGACCAUGCGCAACCUGGAAAAUCGACUGGAGAAGGCCCGGCUGAAGGCCGAUGAGGCAGAACACAUCACUCGAGUUUACCUGCAGUUGAAGGCUUACAUGCAGGAGGAGAGCCUGAACUUUGAGAACAAACUGGAUGCAAUGGAAGGUGAAGUCAGUCGACUAAGACGUGAGUUCUCAGAACUGCAGAAUGUGGGUCAGCAAGCCACAGAUGCUCGGGAUGCUGCCAAGAGGGAACUUCAGAAACUGGAGGAAAACUUAUUCAAAGAUCGGAAGGAGCGAGACAGGGUACUGAUGGAGGCCAGGAAGCGGACAGAAGAGAAGAAGCUUCAGAAUGAGCGGGUUGAGAGGAAGACCCAGCAGCGAGAUCAAGCGCCUCUUCGCUCUGACGAAACCUCAACCGAUGCCCAGAGGACAAAGCCAGACAAGCUAAAGAGUCGAUGGACCACGUAUCAGACAGAGCUUGCAUUUGACAGGCUCAAGGUUGCCACUGGCAUAUCUGACCCCAGCUUUGUGGUGAGCAGAUUCUUAGCCCAGAGUGAGACAUCCGCACACCUGGAGUCCCUGAAGCAAGAGAAUGAAGUGAUGCUGGCAAUGCUCAAACAAGAUAAGCAGCGUCUGCAGCAGGAGCUCACUCAGCUCAAGUACUCCGGGGAGGCCAAGGCCAUCAGGGACAACCAGGUCAUGGCUGAGCUUCAAAAGCAUCUGGACACCCAGGAGAAACAAAUAGCAGAAGCUAAGGAGAAGCUGCAAAAUACCAUUUUGGCACUGCAGGUUGCCAAGAAUGGGGUGGAGCACCUGGCCGAAAAAUUGCAGCAUAUUCCAGUGGAGAAAAGCAAAAAGGAGCUAAACCCUAAUACCUUAGAUUAUGUGCUGGACCUCAUGGCUCAGAAUGAGGAGAAAUUGCUCAAACUUCAGAGUGAUAUGGAAGGACACGAUGUGCCAGAUCUACUGCACCAGCUUGCUGAGCGGGAGUUCUAUGCCACCCUGGAAGGGAAGCUUCCUUCUCACAACACCCGCAUCUUCGUGCCCACAUCUGCCGCCCAGGACAUCUUCUUUGAUGAGGAAGAGAGUGAGGAGGAGACUGGGGAGAUAGUGACCAGAGCAUCCUUGAAGUUCCAGUCUCAGAAACUCAUAGAAUCCAAAAGCAAGAAGAGAGGCCGGUCUCGAACUCGAAAGCGGACAUAGAUGCCACAACCUCCUGGUCUGGCUGCCAGUGCCCCUCUAGGGGGGCAGUCACAGAUCCCAACCUGGGCCAGUUAGAGCAUCUCAUGGCCCUGCUUCUUUCUCAGGGUUCUUUCUCAAGGGCCUGAAUGGUGGACCUGGGUCCUCUCCCCUUUUUCAAGAUCUCCCUAGAGGAUUGGGUCCCCUCCUACCUAGGAGUAAGUCUUUGCCUACAUAGCUGGGCAAGAGCAGUUUGAGGCCUUUUCCACCCCUAAGGCCUGGGAGAGUAGCAAUGUCCCUGUCCCUUGGGAAGCAGGCCCAGGGCCUUGCUGGCCCAGCUUAGGGGAGGUAGGACCUAGUUCCUGACUGUUCCCACCAUCAAUCAUAAAUCUCCUGGGGCUGGGAAGGUCUCAAAGGCCCUGUAUGACACUCAGGGUCCACUGCCCGCCUCCAAGUAGUCAUUUU